AUGUCCAUGGGAUACUACCUUUAUUCGUUCCCGAUGAUGCAAGUAAAAUUCAAACAGGCGCCUUUGGAGGCUAUAAGAGCGCGCCCUGCUCCUUUGACUUCCAGUUACCUCCCAAGCUUUGCAGACAUCAACUGGAUCUUAAUUCUUUCAGCUGCUAGUUUUUAUGGUGCCAUUGAUGCCCAGACUGUUUCGAAUGAAGUAUGCCCAGGAUUUGAAUGGGGAGUUGUAGUCGAGCUUAUCAAAGAACCGCCGUAUCCUGUGUAUGACCGUCCAGCGACGGUCGAUUCCAGUGACUUGCCCGAUCCUCCUCAGUCUAUUUAUGCUUUUGGAUCUUAUUUUAAUUGCACAGUCCCUGAUGUAUCAUAUAGCUGCCCCAUAGGAAGUAUAUCCACAAGUAUAUCCACAUGUUUCUGGAGAAUCUUGCUCGACAAACUCUUCCGUGGGGAUGGCUCUGCUCUGAGGCGCGUUAUCCGCCGUCUAUGCCAUUCAUGGACCCUUUUCAUGGACCGUUUCGUUUUUUGUACCUCGCCUGAAACGAAGGCGCCACAUAAUGAGCCUCCCGUUAUCUCAUCUUUCCCAUCUAGUACAGGCUCUUUUGUGCUGCCUUGGGUUCCUGGGUGGACUAUUUGCCCAAGCUUGCAGCCUUCGGACAAAUCAGUACACGAUUGUUCGCGCGAUAUCAAUUCGCUUACAGGGGGCGCUCCCACCUAUAGUACACCGCUAUCAUCGAAUUAUCUAUCCGUAAAGCCCCUAUCUCCCAUGCUCCAUGGAAAUUAUACUAUGUCACAUGAAGCUCCAGAGGCAGCUACUUCGUCCAAAGUGGAACACUCGAAUUUACACAUUGGGUAUGGCUCGGAUAACACGAGAGAAAGCGCAUACUGUAAUUCGAGUCCUGCUCACGUUACAUCUAUGGAGCAAGCUGUCCAAAAAGAAUCAGGCAUUACGAAUCUAUCAAGGGCCCCAUCAUCUGUUUCUUCUAUUCUUAAUCUGGCCGCACCAGCUGGAAUAGCGCCAGGUCAGGUUCAACUAUUGCAGAAACCUAUAAUCGACCCUUGCACCCGAUCUGCCAGCCCUGUUUCGAAUAUCAGUCAUACGAGUAGGAACAGUACUACCUCACGCGCCUCUUACCGGAGAUUUUCAGAAAAUGUAGUCCCUCGGUGUGCUUCUCCUCAUAAAGAUUUGGUUUACAUAAAUGGUAGGCGACCUCCAUCACUUUGGGAUUUUCAGCUCAUGACUUGGUUGUUCGCCUUCACUGUAGCUGCUGUACCGUCUAGCAAUAUCCACCCCAGUGAGUCGACAGAGACCGUGGAUUUUUCUCGGGUUCACCCCAUCUCGAGCUAUCAGCUGAAGAGGUAUGAUAAGGAAGGUAUCAUAUCGUCGCAUAAACACUAUCCUAUAAUACCUGCGCUUACAACAAAGUAUCCCGACUAUGAUCAAACUUUACAACCUGGCUGGGCCAAGGCAUCUCAUCCAGGUGGAGCUUUUUAUUUCCUGCACUCCGAACAGAGGAUUUUUGCUGAGGUAAAUAUAUGGAAUUCAGACAUACAUAUGGAUGUCUGUGGUUUUGCCGACUAUCUGCAGAAUGAGCUGCGUCGCUUGAUAUCUCAGAACGAAUCAUCUCCGAGUCUAGCCUAUGAUGAAGUGGAACUUGUGCUUGAACCAGGAUUGGCCGCCAACAGCGACAAUAUUUUAUGUCACUAUUAUUUUGUGAACCCACACAACCAAUGCUUGUUUUGGCUUCAUGAUUUUGAUGCAACACCCAUUAUGCAUAAUUGUAAAGGUGUCGACUCACUUUCACAUAAGAAACUCGCCAUACAUGCUGAGUACUGGCUCCAUUGGCAGUUGUUUCCUAAUUUUUGCCACUUAUCACAAGCCACCUUGGAUUAUCUCAAAGAGAUGAUGCUAUACGCUCGUUGUGAUCGCGAUAUAGAUCAUCUGACAUGCCCUCAAUCCGUAGAACCUUACGAUGCUAUCGAGCUCGAGAAUCUAUACCGUAUAGUCUCAGAAAUCAAACCUAACAAUUCAAACCUCAAAGAUCAAACUCAUUCUAUCUGGAUUGUUGGCAGACUGAUGCAUCAAUUUGCACGAAAUAGUUUUCUUAACUUCCAUGGUCAAGCAGGUUCCCGUCUUGAAUUUCAGCAAUCGAUUUACGGUCAAUCAUAUAAGCGGUCGAACUUCAUGUCCAUUCUCUCACCCUUGUUUUUCUAUACUCCGGAUAUACACGUGCGAGCAUUGCACGGGUUGUUUGUUGACCAUAUCGUGAGCUCUCAUACGUGGAGUAAGUUUAUAGAUAAACUCAACAACGAGUUACAAGAUCAGAACCUACUGGCCACAGUAUUGCUCAAUGCCAAUGUGGGCUUCUUAGCUAUCAAUAGUGUCGAUAAUGGUAGCGGUCCGAAUGACACAUCUCGAUCAGCUACACAACUUGCAAGUUAUUUUUCACUUGUCGCCAGCCUUGGGAGUAUCAUCAGUGGUCUAGUACUUUUCCGUCAUACUCGUACCAAAGCGCAAGAGAAUGCCUUGAAACAAGCAGGCUUCUUAUCAAAGAUGAGUCAUGAAAGGUACGGCCUAGAGAAACUUGCUAUAGUGUAUAGUCUUCCCUUUGCGUUACUGAUGUGGGGAAUGCUUUGUUUCUUUUCUGCACUCUCGAUGGAGUGUUAUACCUCUAAAGCGAAACUCCCCAAUCUCUUUGUAGGAUCAUUUUCGAUAGCAGUCAUCGCACUCAUGGCCUGGUGCAUUCACGCUCUCUGGGCUGAACAGGAUAAAUUGAAUGUUACAAAAGCACAGGCUGAGAUUGGUGAUAUACCAGUCACUACAGCAUCUGUAGUCCAUGACGUACAUGUCUUUCCACAUGAACCCGAGAGAAGCUGGCAUACACGUCUCCGAGAUGUUUGUGCGGCGGCAUUCAAGAGGAGGACUAAGCCACUGACAAAGUCGGAAGUGGAGGUUGAGCUACAAAGUAUUGGAGGCGGCAGAAGUAGGCCUGUUAUAAAGGUUCAGAGAGCUACUUCCACGCAAGGUGAUUUGGAUGGUGGGGAAGAGGAUAGAUUUCAAGUGUAA